GCUUUGCAACACUAAAAAUCAGCACCAGCAAACGCUGAAUUUUAGUUUGUUUUAGUUACAAGAUUCGCGAAAACCUUUUGGGAAAAUUGCUAAAUUAAGUUGCAAAUUAACGGAUUGGAGCACUUCAAACGUAGUGCGUUCGAAACAAUGCGCAGCAUGUGGCCGCAAACGCUGGAAAUGUCCCGCGACGAAUGUCGGGGCAUGCUGCGUCGACUUGAGUUAGAAUCGUAUUCGCACGUAAUAAGCGUUUUUCGCGCCCAAGGCUCGCUAAGCGAACCGAAAGCCAAGCUGCUCGAGGAGUUACGCCAACUGUUUCACAUAACCCAGGAACGUCAUCGGGCGGAGGUGCGCCGCGCUGCUAACGAUGAACAAUUAUGCACAAUUGCCGAGAACGUCUGCGGUCCGAACACAUGGCAGGAAUGGUCACGUGAAGGUCGUCGCCCAUAUCCGCUGCUGCCACGAAUUAGUCCGCAAACUGCCCUGAGCAUUGUGGCCAACGAUCUGGCUGCCAAGGCAUAUGCGGAAAACAGCAAACUUCCGCCACCAAAUGAAACUGGGGCAAAUCUAAGUGAAGCGCUACGAGAACAGUCGGCUUAUCAGACCCUUAAGCAUGGCAUAACAAAACAUCAGGAGCCAAUCGUGGUCAUGGAUGAGCCGUUUAAGGUGCCCGACUUGCCCAACGAAAUAAAAAAGGCCACUCUAAAGCGCAAGGAAAAUGAGAGCAGCGACACAAAACCGAAUAAGAAACGCAAUACACAACAGGAUAGACAGAUGGCACAGCUACAGCAGCUGCCAUCCCAGCUAAGUGGGGGCAAGGAUGAGGAUGGGCAACUGGUGCCGUUGGAGCAGCGUCCCAGUGCCCGUACACUGCAGCAAAGAUACUUCUAUCAGCAGCAACAGAAACACAAACAACGAUUGGCAAGCAAAAAGGGCAGCGGGAAUCCGUUGGCCAACAAUAGCAAUGCUUCCGGUGUCGGCAUCAAUACGAAGCCGGCUAAGAGCGGCCGGCGGAGAGCACAAAAACAGCUACAACAGCAAAUGCAACAGCAGAAGCAACUUCAGCAACAGCAGGAACUACAACAGGAACAGCAACAGCAACAUCAGCAGCAGCAGCAACAACAACAGCAACAGCAGCAGCAGCAACAACAACAGCAAGAAAAAGUAUUACAAUCCACGCCUCUGACAACGACAGAGCUAACAGCGCAUCCAAAUGCCAAUCAUUUGGUGCAGCCGCAUGUGGAAUACAUUUUAGACGAGGCGCUCAAAUCGGUUGCGGCUACCAAAUUAAAAACGAUACCUGCCGCUCGCGUUGUCUAUGGACCGCCGGAGAUGCUCUCGCCGACGACGCCGCGCACGUUUGUUAAUUCGCCCAUUGUUUUCAAAGAGAAAUUAUCGCCGACGACGCAGACGAUUCAGCCGCCACAAUUGAGCACACCUGUCAAGAAAUACAUUGUAGAAGAACGCCAGCAGCCUGGCGGCACGCAGCCAGCGUCCGCAAAUAUCUCAACGGCUAACUUGCCGCUCGCGCCACAGAUUAUAAGCGUUCAACAAAUAGCAGCCCCACCGAAAGUACGGACCACAGCAAGCGGCACCAUUUUGCCAGCUGGCACCAAGCUGACGCCGAAGAAGAUCAAUCUGAUCGACAAGCAGCAGUUGCCUUCCGUGCCCAACACAGCCGUACGUCUCUUGCCCUAUGAGCAGCAAUCGGCUGCCAGUCCAGCGACGUCCAACAAUCUCGGCAGCAGCAAGGCUCCAGCCACAGCUGCAGUGCAAAAAUACAUUGUCGAGGAGCGAGUGCCCAGCCAGACUGUGGCUAGCGUGGCGAGCACACCGUUGAGCAGCGCCUCGGCUGUGAAUAUUAUAAAGAAUAUACCAGCGAGCAGCUUGAACAACACGCUCAUCACGCCCUUAAGCAGCUCCUCGGGGUCGCCUGUGGGGCCGCUAUUCCGCAAGGCGACGGCGACAGCAACAAGCACGGCGGCGACGUCGGUUGCGGCAGCUGGCAGCAGCAGUGGUGCAGUGGCAUCGACCUCACAGAUAUUGGGCAACAUAAAGCUGACCAGCGCCAGCGGCAUCAAGCAUGUGCCUAGCAGCGCGCUGCGCAACAUCAAGAUCUGCUCGCCCAACGGCAAACUGUUCCUGCAACCGGCUAAGCUACAUACGGGCAGCAUCAUACACAAGCUGAAUCCAUCAAACGUUGCCGCUGGCGGUGCUGGUGUUACUGUCAGCAGUGCUGCUGUCUCGCCCACUGGCGUCGGUACGCCCUCCUCGCCGCAGUCUUCGCAGCAGCGAAUAACGAUACAGAAAAUGCAGCUACUAACGCCCACUCAAGUGAUCUCGAGUUCCGCGGGCGGCUCGAGCAACGUCAGUGUCGUCUCCACGUCCAGCAUGGCGAGCAGCGGCACCAAGGUUAAGCCCACAACAUUGACGCUCGGUCCGGCAGGGGUUGGCAAGAAUAAUUUGGUGUUUCUGCCAACGAGUGGAAUGCGAGCAGUCACACUGGCCUCCAGCAAACCCAAGCCCAGCGGCGAGCUACUGGCGGCCAAGCCCAAUGUCCUUGUGAUUGGUCCCUCAACUUCUGUCAAUGCGACUAACAAUUCACAGGCAACGGGAACGGCAACUGGAACGGGAACGGGCACGGGUGCAAGCACAGGCACGGCAGCGGCUUCGGCUGCAGCUGCGACGUCAUCUGCAUUGGCAAAGCCAAAGGCGAAUCAGCUGAUUACGGAAGAUACGCCUAUAGAUAUCAUUAAUAUGCCCAUCAUUGUGGCAGACAAUGGCGCGCCAGAGACGAAGACGUCGGCCAAAUCGGCGCCAAUGAUGGUCCUCAAUGCCACGGACUGGGAGAUGGAGCUGGAUCAGGCAUCCAAAGCGGCAGCUGCUAUGAAUGCAACAGGCACAGCAUCAUCAUCAGCAACAACGAUUGCGAAUGAUACAAAGAGCAACAAGCAGCAGUUGGACGAUGUCAUUGUAGAGGAUGCAGCCGGGGAGGACACAGAAAAUGCAAACUCCCAGAUAAAAGAUCGCACCACAGAAAUGCACGACGAAGGGGACAGUGCCAUUGAGUAUGUGGACAUGGAGCUAGAGCAGCCUAUUGAGAUUGAGUGUACCAGCAACAUAUCGCCAGAGACAAUGACGACGACCACCAGCACGACCCCAUCUCUGAAAGCAACUAUAAUGCCAGCCCUGGCGGAAGAUGAGAAAAAGCUGGAGCAGCCGGCAACAGGAGAACAGGGAACAGGGCCAGCAGCUGUAACGACAACAACGAUCCUGGCAAAGACAUCGACGCUGCCAUAGGUAGUCCGAUGUGUUCUGUUUAUUUUGUUAUGGUUGCUUCAUUUACGCACAAACAGACAUAUAUACAAACACUCACACACCCAUACACUAACACACACACACACAUAAUGCCCGGUUUAAUUAGGAUUCAGUUAUUAGUUUAGUGGACCCAAGUUCUUUAAGCAAAGUGCAACAUUAUAAUUACUUGUAAAUGUACUUGAAAAAUAUUUGUAAAAAAAAAAACGAAAGAGGAAAAACAGAAAAAGCUUGAAUAUCGAUUAUAUAAUUUAAAACAAAGUCGAAUUUUCGAAUCUUGUUUUAAAUUAUUUAAACUUCUCCAAGCUGCCACCAUCGAAAUAUCAUAAAAUAUUUGUAUACAUUGUAAAUAGCAUAUUUCUCAUUUAGUGUUUAGCCCCUCGAUAAGUUCAUUACAUAAUUGAAAACACGAAAAGAAACUGAGAACAGAAACAUCAAAUCAUAAUAAGUAAAA